ACUCUUCAGGUGAACCAUGAAGGAACCAUUCAAGUUCUUCCGACCUUGGGAAGACAAAACAGCUUCAACACAAAUUAAUACACCAAUUCUGAUCUAUUGGCAUCUAGUACCAACCACUUCUACCUCCUACUUACCUCUGAUGCACAUGCCUGAGACCUUCAUGAAGCCGCUAGAAACGAACUGUUCAACGGCGUCACCUCUACCCUUGUCAACGACAGCUCUGCCACCGACUAAGCGACUGUGCGUUCGAUGCAAGUGUGCAUUUUGUCGUAUGCGGAAAGCUGGUGAAAUAACAAGCGAUAAACCAGUACACAUAUGUGACUUCCCAAACUGUGGGAAAACAUACAGAAAAACGAGCCACUUGAAGGCUCAUUUGAGAUCCCACAUUGGCUCACGACCAUUUGAAUGUCACUGGUGGCAAUGCGACAAGAAAUUUUCACGCUCGGAUCAGCUACAGCGACAUUUGCGAGCUCAUACUGGUGAACGACGACAUGUGUGCUCCAUUUGUGGAAGAAGUUUUGCUCGAUCCGACCAUUUGAAACAACAUCAGUCCAGUCAACACAGUACAGACGAACCCGUGGGAAAUCGAUAAUCAUUCUUCAACUUUUCACUUCCAUUCUCUCGUCAGUAUUUACCAGUCAGCUUUCAAGUUUUAUUAAUUCGACAAUCAUUCUUCUUUGCAAUACUAACUAAACUUCCAUGAACUUAUAUCAUCGUGUCUACCGCAUCGUUUCGUAACUUAAAAAGCCCCAGGUGAGACAAUGUGACCCACGGGUGGGUCGAAGCUUGAUUUCGAUAAAAUAGCU